UUCAACUGCUUUUUACAGGGCGGACUGGUUAAAAAGACUCAUCCCGCGAAGCCGAAAAGGCAUCUUUUUCAAACGUUUCACCUCCUUUCCUUUGAUUGGUGUAAGGUGACAUAAACCACAAACCGCAUUCUAGCAGCCCUAAAAAAAGAAUCUCUAGCGAAGCUGUCAACUCAACCUAAAGAAAGCGAUCCGCUAGUCUAAUCUAUUCUCUGCUUUUCGAACAAUGAUUUUAUAUACAACGGGGUCUUCUGCUGACCCAGAAGCUCUUUCCGAACUAAUAAUAAAGGAAUAGAAACUAUCGGAGUCUGACCUGACCCAGAGAUCUAAGGAGUUUAUUAAAGAGAAUUUGCACAUACGAAAAACGACUACCUGAGAUGGCUGUAAUUGAGUAAAAAAGGCCGGGGAAGUGCUAGAAGAUGUACAUAGGGAUUUUGGUGACGAAAGCAUCGAACGGCGACAGGAAAUAGAGAGACUAAAUGGCAAACAGGAGUCCGGAGGAUUAUCUGAGGUGGAAGCAGCUUCCAUUCCCUCUGGCUCCAUAUUCUUCUUUUAGGCCUACCUCUUCGUUUUUUCUUAGGCUUUGUAGCUUUAGGCGGGGCUUUUUCACCGUGCGCAGCCAUAUAUAGGUUUAAUGGUCUCACAAUCCCUAAGAGCAUGCAUUAUAGUAGUCUCAGCUUUCUUGCAUCUUGGACAGGUGCUAACAUCUUUCAUAUGCCUUCGUUUCCGCUGCUCAUUUGUUAUUUGUUAUCUAUUAUGCUAUUAUGCAACACAAGCCAAAGGAGCUUUUAAGCGAGGCCCUUGCCAUUUCCAAACAAUCUCCCACUCCCUGCUACGUUGGUCCCAAUUUUCCCCUUCAAUGAGCUCAUAAGCUGUGCAACUAGAGAAUGUUCCAUUCUUUGAUGGUCCCCUUCGAUCACCAUUACCUCUUUGAUUCGGCGGCUUAAUGCCCGCUUUUUUAAGACACGAUGCCGCUGGUAAGAGAUGCUGAAAUUUAUCCCACUUCCAACACCCAUUCUCAUCAAAAAAAAGAAGCCAUGCAUCUUGACAAGUCCUCUUGAGGAACUGCAGCUAUAGCUUUAUCAAGGUUUUUUAUUCCUCAUCCACCAUGAAUCCUUCAAUAAAUUUGGAAUCCGCCCAUUGCCAAUUACCCACUGAAUCCCUUUAAGAUUUAAGAAUAGAAUCCCACACCUUGAAAAUUCCUUUGGCCACGGGUUGAGGAAGACCAACCCAAUCUCGAAUGUAUUUACUACGUAACACCUUCACCCAUAGCGCAUUAGGAAGAGUCAAUAUUCCCCACCCGAGCUUCAUAACAUAAGAAAAGCUGAAUUCCAUCCAUCCUCACCUUUAUACAUGAAUUUGGAUGUCAAUAAUUUCCUCCUCGGGUCUCUAUAAAACAGAAUGAAAAGCCCGGGUUACAGGACAAAAGGAGAGAGGAAAAGUAGAAAGGGGGGAAGAAGUGACGUGCUAGUUCUUACUGACACUUCUUGAUCUAACUUUCAUUUUUGAGUGCUUUCUUUGUUCUCUUAUUUAUUUGGAUUGAAUUCAACUCAACUCCCAUUGUUCUAUGUCUUGGCAUUCCUUUCUUUCUCUUCUUUUUAUCCCUUCGACGAAUUUCGGCUAUGACCAAUGCCCCACUAGCUGAAUAGGCGUAAGAAAGCUACCUGAAAAAAGGCAAGGUGCACCUUGGAUUGAACUCGACGAAUUGCAUUUUGCCAGAGAUAUUUUUUGAGUUAGAAAGAUUCUCUAUUGGAAAUUCAAAAUAAAGAAAAUAAAAGCGCAUACGCGGGAAGGGGGCCCCAAUACUUUUUCAUUCAGGGGGGGAGGGGGAGACUAGCCUCAUUACUUCCCACUGGGCGAGAGGUGCACCUAACCCACCUACCCACUCAUCAAUCACGGUGUUCAGCUGACUUGCACUGAUAGACCCCUAUUGUAUUGGAAUUAGGCGCCCAUCUUUUGACUGUUGUCAAUUCAUUUCUUCAAUGUUCGAUUCUACUCUAUGUUAGAACAAUGGUAUUUUGAUCUAAGUGGUCUUAUUCUUUCUCCCGUGCUAGGAAGCAUUACUCCUCUUUUCAUUCCAAAUUCAAGAAUACGACCGAUACGAUUGAUUGGUCUGUGCGCCUCUCUUAUUACUUUUUUGUAUCCCCCUGUUCUUCGGAUACAAUUCGAUCCUUCUACGGCCAAAUCUCAAUUUGUGGAAAGCCUUCGAUGGCUUCCUUAUGAAAACAUCAAUUUGGAUUUGGGUAUAGACGGUAUCUCUUUAUUCUGCGUGAUAUUGACCACAUUUCUGAUCCCUAUUUGCAUUUUAGUGGGUUGGUCUGGUAUGAGAAGUUAUGGGAAAGAGUAUAUUACAGCAUCUCUAAUUCGUGAAUUUCUAAUGAUCGCCGUGUUCUGCAUGCUGGAUCCUCUACUAUUCUAUGUUCUUCCCGAAAGUGUGCCAAUCCCUAUGUUGUGCGGAGCUGAGCAUCCUCUAUUCGCUGGGAUAAAGCUUUUCCUCUGCAGGGGCCUUGUGCAGUAAACCCCCUACGGGCGGUCGUCCGUCGUCGUAAAGUAGUCCCCGCGAAGCUUUCGGGAAGAGGGGUAGUCUUGUGUGUAAGCAUAGCAUUUCUGGUCGAACCCGCCCAACCCAACUAAGAAGAACCGAACCUGACAGACACAUCUUUUUCCUUUUGGGAGGGUACGUAGAGUAGUGGGUACCUCGUAGGACCUCGACCCGCCUACUCGGGUCUUGUAUGGAUAUGCAGGAAGGGGUGCUCCUAGGUGUGUGUAGGGGUUGUGUUUGUUCGCGAGAAUGGAUUCCUCUAAAUGGGGGGUGUGGACACACUUGCGCGAAUUCGGGUAACGGCUACAAGGGAGAAAUCGAAAGGAAACUGUACCCGACCGGGGAUGGACGUAAACUCGUAAGCUGCCGAGGGUAGGGAUAAUCGUCCAGGUCUUAUUGUGAAAGAAAAAAGCCGCCCCGCCACAGCAGGCGGGUUGCUUCCUCUGUCGUCGCCGGCGAGCUCUUGGUGAGGAGACCUUAGGAGUUGUUGCUAAAACAAACGGGGGA